CUGAAAAUAUAUCUUUGCCACUCUCCCCCUUGAGCGAUAUUAUAAAACACCUUUUUUCUGCCCGUCCUAUUUGCUCACCACGUUACCAGUUCUAAACCUUUUCCCACUAAACAUUUACAUUAUUACUAUUAUUUAUUUAUUCAUUGCCUUGGCUUACAUUAGCUUCUUUGAGCUUUUCUCCGCUCUCACACCCUGAUAUUUUUUUUUUCGGAUCUUCGACUACGACUAGUCUAAAAAAUCUCACGAUGAACCAGAAUCCGUUUGCAUUUUUUGCGUCCGAUGCCAACGGAUACCCGCAACUGCCUGACCCUAUGGGCUCCAACCCGUACCUGGACACGCGCAGCGGGCUUCUUCUCAAGGAUGACUUGAUGCACACGUCGACCAUGUCCCAGGACUCCAACGAUUCUGACUCCAGCCCCUCCUCUCCGUCAAAGUCAAAAAAGUCCGACCGCCGCACUCCCAAGAGUAAAGCCGAAGUGUCCGAGCGCAUGCGGAGAUGGCGUUCAGAAAAUGCAGAAAAGAACCGCCUGAAUGACCUGCGCUGCCGUGUGUACCGUCAGGCGCGGAUUCGUUUUGGCAAGGAUCCUACGCCGGAGCGCGAGGCGUGGAUUCAGUCGGAGAUUUUCCGCAGACUGGAGCGUCGCCGUCUGCGCGAGGUCAUGAAGGGUAAUGGCUCGGUGCCUGCGCCCACGGCAAUGACUAGUCCUACGUCGAUGGCCAUGGGGCUUGGCGGCCACGCUGCUGGUGGACCGCUGACGCGCUCGCGCAGUACUGUUCAUCCGUUCCCUAUGCAUAUGAACAGCCAGUCAGGAAUUCCCGAGCAUGCAAUGGGGUUCCCGGCGUCUCCAUACGCUAUGAUGACUGGUGGCGGCAUGUACGACUCAAGCCAGCAACAGAACCAGCAUCACCACCAGCAGCAGUACAGCCAUGCUGCCAACGGCCACCAUGGCCACCACCAAGACCAGGGUCACCACCAGCAGCAUGCCCAUCACCAACACCACCAACACCACCACCAGCAGCAACAUCACCAGCAGCAGCAACAUGCGCACAUGCAGCACCAGCACAACGGGUACCUCGCUCAGACUCAAAGUUACAGCCAUGCGCAUCAGCAGCAGGUGCAGGCGCACCAUCAGGCACAGCACAGCCAGUACACGCACCAGCCGCAGAUGCAGCCGUCUCAUCAGCAACAGAGUGAGCACCACCUGGCGUCAAACUUUAUUGGUGGCGCGCAGGGAGCGCUCCCAUCUGCCGACCUUUUUGGCAACUUUAAGUUUAUCAGCCCCCAGUACCCGGGCCGCCUUAUGCCUCACCAGGGCGCCAACAACGUUGUUAGUUCGACGCAUCUCUCUGCCACGUCGCUCUAUGCUGCCCAACAGCAGCAACCGCAGCAGCACUACAUGGCCCAGCAGAGCUCCCACCAACAGCAGCAACAGCAACAGGGCUCGCAGAUUUCUGGUUCUGGAAACAUGCAUACACACUCUGUGCCAUCGCACCAACCGCAUCAACAGCAUUCCAACAGUGGCGUUGACGCCGCCGCUGCUGCCGCCGCAGUGGCCGUUGUAGCGGAUUUGUCUAACUCAUUCCAGAUGCCGCAGGGAUCUGGACAGGGGAUGUACUCGUACUACCAGGACUCUGUACCCUCCUGGGAGGCUUCGGCCAGCUCUGCCGAGAUGUCUAACGGCCAGACAAACUCAUCUCCCGUUACGCCCGCAGAGACAAUAGCACCUGGGCCGUCGCAGUACACGCUGCACUCUGUUGAAAACCCUGUCUACUCGAUGGUUUCUUCGGGCAGCCAUCACGACCAGAGUUUGUCUUCGUCAGCAGCUGGCAACACCUCGGCUAUUACGUCGCUCGGCAUGGUCAACCCAAUUGCGGCUGCCAAUGGCAAUGCGCUUGGGAACACUCACAAUGAGAUCCAGCGUUCUGCUAGCAGCGUGCAUGGGGUGACUGAUGCAGUAUCCUCAGGCAACACGUCCAUUAGCGUGGUGUCUGAUAUUACUGAUGUUGCUGCAGUCAUUGGGCAGACUGAUUCUUCGUCAUCUUCGGCAGCAGCGGCUGCGCAUUACCUCUACGGUUACACAGCUUCGUCAACCUCGCCAUCACUGAACGAUGUUGCCAAUAAUCUCUAUUCUCUGAGGCAAAUUAGCCAGGCAGGGGAGGAGUCCAUGGUCAAUGGCAAGUCGUUUGUGAAUGGUGAUGACUCGCAUUUGGGUCAGGAUUCAUCUGCUAAUGGGAUUUCUGGCGCCAUUGGCUCUUCCUUGGAGGGGCAGCAUGGCGAGAUUGAGGAUAUGAGUUACUCAGAGGCGCAGGACCAGACUUCUAAUGAUGUUCACCGGCUGCGUCACAAUAUUGUGCAGUCUCCGUUUAACAUUAACGUGGUUUCGGACAAUCUCCAGUUCCAAAAUUACUCGUAA